UGUGCACCAGCUAGUGGCUGCCCAUGUGGGCUGGGCCCUUGCCCUGCUGGGAGCAGUGGCCCUUUCGUGACAGGGUCAUCUAUAGAGCCCUUCACCUUCAGGGCAGCUCUCAGAGCAUGGGUCCCUCCUGAUUUCUCUCUGGCCCAAUGUUCCUCACAGUCAAGCUGCUCUUGGGCCGAAGAUGCAGCCUGAAGGUGUCUGGGAAAGAAAGUGUGGCCACGCUGAAGAAGCUGGUUUCUCAACACCUGCAGGUGCCGGAGGAGCAGCAGCACCUGCUGUUCCGUGGCCAGCUCCUGGCUGAUGACAAACACCUCUCGGACUACAGCAUUGGACCCAAUGCCUCCAUCAAUGUCAUCAUGCGGCCUCCAGAGGAGGCAGCACUAGACAAGACCUACCAACUCCAGCCCCUGUGGCUCCAGCUGGACCAGGUCCUAGGCAAACAUUUUGGGCCCAAGGAUGCCAAGGCAGUGCUGGGGCUGUUGAGGCAAGAGCAUGAGGAGCGCCUGCAGAGGCUGAACUUGGACGCCCUGGAGCAGCUGGUGGGCCAACUCCUGGCAGAGCAGCAGCUUGAAGAGCUGGCAGAGGAAAAGGAGGAACUGGCUGUCACCUCAGAGCUCCAACAAAACGAUGAAGGAGGAGGAGGAGGAGGAGGAGGAGGAGGAGGAGGAGGAGGAGGAGGAGGAGGAGGAGAGAAGUCGGAAGAAGAGGAGAAUGAGGAGGAGGCUGACCAGCAAACUGGCCCGUCCUACUCUUUUGCUCACUAAACUUCUCCUGGACUGAA